GUGUCCCUGUGGGGAGGAGAAAGAUUGUACCCAUUUGACAGAAGCUACUGACCACUCACCGACAUGGUAGUGUUCACUUGCAACGCGUGUGGAGAAUCUGUGAAGAAAGCACAAGUUGAAAAACAUGUGAAUAUCUGCAGAAACUGUCAGUGCCUUUCUUGCAUGGAUUGUGGGAAGGAUUUCUGGGGUGAUGAUUAUAAGGAACAUGUGAGGUGUGUAAGUGAAGACCAAAAAUAUGGUGGAAAAGAUUUUGAAGCCAAAACUAACAAAGGAGAUGCUAAACAACAGGAGUGGAUUCAGAAAAUUCAUGAAGUAAUUAAGAAGCCAAAUAUAAACCCUAAAGUGCGGAACAUCCUGGAGCAAAUGCGCACCUUUGAUAACAUUCCAAGAAAAAAAGCAAAAUUUCAGAACUGGAUGAAGAACAGUUUGAGAAUUGCUGACAGCACUUUGCACGACCAGGUGUGGGAUAUUUUCUCAGAAGCAACCAGAAAUACUUCAUCUGAAAAAGAGCAAAGCAAGCCACAACAGAAGCAAGGAGGGCAGUCAGCAGAAACUGAGGAAAAAACAAUGGCAGGAGAAAAUGGAAUUGCAGCUGAUGAAAUUGAAAGGAAAAAGAGUAAGAGAGAGCGAAAAGAAGAGAGACAAAAGAACAAAAAGAAGGAGAAAAAAGACCUGAAAUUAGAAAACCUGUCAGAAGCAAAGAAGUCCAAAAAGUCCAAAAAACAAAAGGAGAGCUUGGAGAAUGAAUUUGAAAUAAAUGGAAAUGGCCAACAGAGUGACGCAGAAGAGGCAACUAAUGUAAAGAAACGCAAACAUAAGCAUGCAGAAGAGGAAGCUCCUAUGCCACCAAAGAGGAAGAAAAGUGAAAAUGUUUCAGAAGACUUGGAAGUAGAAAACACCGACGGCAAUGAAGAAAAUGUGGGGACAGAAAAAGGUAAAUUCAACUGGAAGGGGACCAUCAAAGCUGUUCUGAAACAGGCUCCAGACAAUGAAAUUUCAAUUAAAAAACUAAGAAAAAAGGUUAUAGCUCAGUACUACGCAGUAGCUGGUGAACAACACAAAUCAGAAGAGGACAUUCUAGUAAUAUUUAAUAAGAAAGUGAAUAACAAUCCCAAAUUUAAAGUUUUAAAGGACAAAGUUAAGCUCUUGAAGUAACAGCUUGCACACCUUGCAUAAUGUUUGCAUUUUAAUCUUUCAGACUGAGUGCACUUCUGUCAGCUGUGCAUAUCUGUGCAUUGGUUUCAAUUUGUGUAUGUGAAAGCCAAAUUUCACUUUUAGGACUGGAUUCCUCUUUUUCUAGAUUUAUCACAGAACAUUUUUCAGAUGUUUUAUUUUUUGAUUUAAUGGAAAAUGUAUAUUUUUGGGUACCAUUUUAUGAGGCAUUGAAAACAAUCGAUGCUUACUGUUUGAAACUUCUUUCAGUAAAGGAUAUAACUUAUAGGCAUGAAUGGUUAUCAGGACCUGGGUUAUGUGGAUUUCUGCAGAAACUGUUGUAAGAGCAAAGAGAUUUUUCAUACCCAAAACCCCACCAUAGACUCACAGGAUCCUUUAGGUUGGAAAAGGCCCUUUCAGAUCAUUCAGGCAAACCAUAAACCUAGCACUGCCAAGUCUACCAUGUGCAAUAAAAAUGCUUUAUUAUGAUAAAAUUCAAAAUGGUAUGACUAAUAUCUCCUUCACACAAUGCAGCUGGGUUAAUUCUGUGUUGUAACAUGCAUAAUGAAUGCAUCUGUCAAGUUUGUGUGUGUAAUAUUGCACACAGUGAAAAUCUAAAGACCAAAUUACCAGUAUCUUCAUAGCUGCUGAGUGACUUAAUUAGUACUGCAACUGACUUCAGUACAAGUGGUCACUAAAAAUUGACAGAUGCAAUAAAUGACUUUAAAACACAACCCUAAAUACAAUAAAUCUUACCACUUAUGGUUGUAUAUUUGAGGAGGCCAUUCUAUUGCAAUCACUGAAACAAUGUAGGCAGGCCAAAAAUCUUGUAAGAGACAGGUGACUGGGGCAAACUACUUGAAGUUUACAGUGUUGUAAUCCAAUGCAAAAUAG